GCUGGAAAUACAGGUCUCGUUGGUGGAUCAGUUCCUCUACAUGAUGAGAUUGUUGUCUCUGUAAAGCGUAUCAAGGAACAAUUUAGCUUUGAUGAGACGACUGGUUGGCUACUUUUCUACAUGAUGCCGUUUGAUCUCGGUGCUAAGGGUUCGUGUAUGGUAGGUGGCAACGUGGCGACAUGUGCUGGUGGAUUGCGAUUGUUACGAUACGGCAGCAUUCAUGCACAUCUUCUAGGACUAACCGUGGUCUUGCCGACAGAAGACGGUACAGUUAUGGAGCUCGGUUCACCACUUCGUAAGGACAAUACCUCCCUGCACAUCCCACAUUUGUUUCUUGGUAGUGAGGGACAACUCGGAUUGAUAACUCGUGUUAUAAUGAGCACGGUGAAAAAACCAGCUUCCGUCCAAAGCGCUAUGAUAGGUGUUGAAACUUUCGAGUCGUGCUGUAACGUUUUACGCUUAGCCCAUCGCUAUCUAUCGGAGAUACUUUCAUCGUUUGAGUUCUUGGAUCGUGAAACUACGGUGUUAUUGAAGGAGGUGCUCGAUCUUAAACCUAUACUACAGUCGAACCCUAGAUUCACGAUACUGGUUGAGACAUCAGGAUCUAAUGAAGAGCAUGAUGCGUAUAAAAUGGAAUGCUUUCUGGAUAAAUGCCUGAGUAGCGGAGUGGUGUCGGAUGGUGUACAGGCUCAAUCGGCUGCCGAGUCGUCGGCAAUGUGGCGCCUGCGAGAAAGUGCACCGUUGGCAGUGGCAGCUGACGGUUUCGCCUACCUGUAUGACGUUUCGCUUCCACUACAUAGUUUCUAUCGACUAACUGAGGUAGUCCGAGAGCGGUACGCACAAAGUGCAAAGGUUGUAGCGACCUACGGUCAUCUUGGUGAUGGUAACACUCACCUUAAUGUGACAGUAAACGACUACAACCAAAAGUUCCAUGAGAGUCUUGAUACAUUCAUCUAUGAAUGGGUGGCUGCUCAUGGUGGUUCGAUAUCGGCCGAACACGGCAUCGGGCAGUUGAAAUUACCGUAUUCUUCCUUGGGAAAAUCAUCAGUGGAAAGGGAUCUUGUGCGAAGAAUCAAAGCAGUGUUUGAUCCGAACGGAAUUCUCAAUCCAUAUAAAACACUUUGA